GAUGGGCAGAGAUGGUGCCAUGUAUCCUGUGCCCUUUGGGUUCCCGAGGUUGGAUUCGGUGACGUUGAACUGAUGGAACCAGUCGUUCGGCUAGAUGAAAUUCCACAGGCUCGUCGCAACCUACUUUGUUCAAUUUGUCGAUCCCGUUCUGGUGCACCAAUUCAAUGCAGUGUAAAAAAGUGCAAUGUUGCUUUUCAUGUGACUUGUGCUUUUCAGGCAGAAUUGAUUAUGCAUCAGGAGCUUGUCAACGAUAAGGACGUUCGAAUGGUGGGAAAAUGUAGCAAACAUUCUAAGCGCGAAAGAGAACAGCCUCAACUUAUCUCACCUACUCAACAGACUGCUUCAUGUUCUCCUCUAGCCCAGCACCUUAGUGUUUCAGUUGCUCCUUUCUCUGGUGCAGAUCGCGAAUUGCCUUCAGCAGCUAGAUCUGUUGGUAUUGGACCCAACUCUCCACUAAGGCCUUCAUUACAUUCAGAUUCCCCUGACGUACAACGAAAAAAGAGCUAA